AAGACAUGAUUUAUCUUCUCACUCUUUCUCCAUUUUGAAUUGACUGAGAUAUUCGUUCAAAUACACAUUGCUCCUCAACGUACCAAAAUCUCGUUUUCAUUUCCAAACUGCUGUGCUCUAUAGCAAGAUGGCACCUCGUGGCUUUACCAAUCCUGCUCCCAAAACAGAGUCUGCACGCUCUGCUUUGAGCUCCUUUACCUGUACACUCUGCAACAAAUCGUAUUCGCGGCAUCCCGAGUAUGAAGCACAUAUCUCUUCUUACGACCAUCAGCAUCGCAAACGCCUUCAAGAUCUCAAACAACUCUCCCGGGACCCAAACGCUGCGGAGAAGGCUAGGCGAGCGGAAAAGAGGGCUGACGCAGAGGCUGGCCUAAGAGUCAUUGAUACCAAACCUGGCACAGCAGUGGGAACUGGGGGCGGGGGUGGUGGAGGUUUCAAGAAAGGGGGAUUUAAGAGCUCCUUUACGGCUGUCAAAGGUCCUGUUGCUCCGACAGCACCAACGAAGAAGAACGUACUCGGGGAUGAUGACGAAGAUGAAAUGCCAGAAACAACAGAUCGGAGCCAACGUGCUCAGGCUACACAAGACUCAAGUGCUCAGCCUGACUAUGCAGAAAGUGACACGGAUGCUGAAUACGCGAGUGAUACAAUGGGUAGUGACUACUAUGAUCCCCUUAAGCCGACGGGCUGCUUCUCUGGUUGUGCCAGUACUAGACAUAUACCCAUAGAGGCUGCUGUGGUCAAGGGGUAGGGUCAGUCACAACGAAGAUUAUGGGAAAGGGUUGGCGUUCUUGUUCGGAAUAGGGAU